AAAUUUUAGGAAGGGGAAAUAAACAGAAAAUACCUUAAGUCAAACAAAAACAAUAUUAACAAACUGCAAACAGUUCAGAUCGCAAAGGCUUAAGAGCGGACACAACUGAUAUUUCCGGGUUUGAGGGCACUUUUCGUCUUUUGUUUAUUUAUAAUGAUAAAAAGUGCUUUCUCUAUUGCCUUUCGGCGACAUUUCUUGGUAAGUUAGUAUUAAGUAUUAUUAGUAAAUAUUAGAUAUUUAAUAUUAGUAUUAGGCAGGGAAAUAAUAAAUCAAUGGCCAAUGGCAAAGGCUAUUACUAAUAGUUAUUACUAUUAAUUUUCUACAUAUUUUAAUAUAAUUAUAAAAUUAAUUUUUAAUUAUUAAAUAGACCUAGUUUAGGGCUAGAGCUAGCAUACUUUUAGAGCUAGAGUUAGGCUAGUUUUAAAUUAAAUAAAAUAUGUAGCCCAAUUUUCAUUCAUAUUAAUCAUAUUCAUCAUUGAAUGUCAUUCAUGGCAAAACAAAAAAAACAACACAUGACAUGAUACUUUAAUGUACAGUUACAAUGUAAGUUACAUACAGACUCCAACCAAGUCCAAUUAUUUCUAUUUUAUUCAGUAUUUUAUUUUGAGAAUAUUCUACUUCAACUUGGCUACUUGACCAAUUUUUUAAAAUUAUUUAAUUUAUUAUUUACUAGUAAAUAAAAUAUGCUUUUUAUGACCUUUAUCAUGUAAAAUGUAAUCAUAUCUAUAAACUUAGAAUUUAUUAUAGUAGAUCCUAAUUUAGGGGACAUCCAUAAUUGACAUGAAGCACCUUGGGUGGGGGGGGGGGAUGCAUUUGGGACGAUGUAUAAUUAUUAACACAUAGAGUCUAAACUAUGUGACAAAAUUUGUGAUGAUGUGGGAGGGGAGUUCAAAAUAGUGUGAAAUCUUUUGUGGACUACCCCUUAAUAAGGUCUACUGAGAAUGUUAAUAUUUAAAAAAAAAAGCAAUUUCAAGCUGCUAUUUCAGUAGGCGUAGGUUGGUUUGGCAUAUUUCACUGAUUUGCUUAUAAAACUUGGAGUAGGAUAGCUUUAUGGGGCCCACCAUCUACAAGUACUUUUAUGAUGUCACACACCUGUAAAUUUUUACCAAGAGUCUUUUACUUAGGGAGAGUCUUUUACUUAGGGAUCAGUUUUUUCUUGAAUUGAUUUAUUUCAAAGAUUUAUUUUCUUUGAAUUUGUUGAAAUCAAAGUUAUUGAUGCUGUAUUGUGAACUUGAAAAAAAAAUGACUUACAUAUUAUUUGAGACAAGUUGGUAUGGAAACCCAAUUAAUUGAUGUGCUUAGGCAACAUGCCUUUUUCUGUUGAAUUGGUCUCACCAAGUGUGAUUUUGAUGUGAAUGAAAUGAAAACAUUUAUGAGUAGUGUUCAAUGGUUGUUUGUUAAAAAUGAUUUAUUUGUGCUGCAAAAUAUUUUGUUUGUAUGCUUGAGAGAUAUUCAAAGAUAAAUUAUCGCUUGUAUUUGAAUGAAAUUAGUUGUUUGAUUAAUCAAUAUUAAUGGCAAUUUGUUAAACAGUCAUUUAAUGUUAUGUGCUUUGUAUGGCACCACUUAGUAAAAAAUGCCCUCCUCGGUGUAGCAACAUGUCUGGCUGUUCAAUUAUUGUGGGUUUUUUUCCCCACUGUUUCAAGUGACCAAAGCAAGUGAUAUCUUCCAAAUGACUUGAAAUAUUGUAAUGCUUCAGUGCUUAUUUUACUUAUCUAAAUGUGGUUCUACCAACAUUUUAUGAACAUCAAACGGGGGGUUAAAUUUUUACCUUGAAGAAUUUAGCUAUAUUUGUGCAUUACAUUAAUGGGCAUUAACACCACAUUGCCUAUCACAUAAAGUUUUAUAUUGUUUGUCAUCUGGGUGUGAAAAAAUCUGAUCAUAAUUGAUAUUUUUAUUGUAUAUGGAAGAAUAUAAAACAGAAUUUAGUACUGCUAUUGUAUAUACCAUGGCACCAGAAGAUGAAACCAAAAGAGAUAAUGAUGAUGAAGAUGAAUUGAAAAGCAUCAACUAUUUUUCUAGAAAUCAAUUAUUGGCUAAAGCUGAUGCCCAUAUUUUGUGAUCAGCUAGUGAUAGUUAAAGCAUACUAAACCAAUAAAAGGCUGCUAGAUGUGGCAAAACGAAAAGGUUUUCUCAGCCUUAAAAGUGUAAACAUCAAGAUGUGUAUGUAAUUAAUUUGUCAGAACUUAGAGAGCUUUUCACAGAAACUGUGCCAACAUGUCAAUGCGUAGUAGCCAUCAAAUGAUAGGAAUUACAACAUAUAUUUGGGAGUAGUCAACAGAAGUGAAGAAAAUGUUGGAAAAUGCUGUAUCUACAUCCGCAUGAAGAAGUAAUAUUGGCAGCUGCUGGUUUUUUUCAAUCACUUUAUCAGUUGGCAGUGCAUGUCAGCUGUACCAACUGAAACCAGUAUAUCAAACAAGGCCACUGGAUCUUUUCUAAUUCACUAGAGACUUUGUCACUUCAUAUUUUCAAAGGUAUUCCUAUUGUUUGCCAGUUAGCUAUUCCUUGUGAAAAAUCAAAGAAGCUCUGCAAAAGAGUACCAAAUCCAGUACAUUAUGACAAUGACAACAAAGGUCAUAUUAUUGUUGCCAACUCAACUCAAAUUAGAUUCAUCGAAUGCAGUGUGAUGACAACUAAGAAGUGUAAAAAAGGCCGUGUCCAUGCAAAUUGAUUUGAAAGCUUUCGUAGUUAUAUAUAUUGUGUAUGCUCACUAUCCCAAAAAUGGGAAACACUCAGAAAUUGAAAUAAAUGACUUAUGCACAUGUUCUUUUAAUUUUAACUCAUUUAAGGUCUUUAAAUCAAGUUUUAUUAAAAUAUUUCCAUUAUAAUUAAUUUGGGAAUUCAUGUUAAAAAAGAUUUUAAGAUAAUGUAAGUUAAAUUAUCCAUUUCAGUGUUAGUUUUACUAAGCUUCAUUGUUUCCCUGUCUUAGCACGCUACAGCCCUGAUAAUAAAAGUAAACAAAUAAGUGUAAUUUAAAGCUGGAAUCAAACAAAUCCUGAGGGUGAGAACAUUAUUUACUUCAUUUAUUAGGAUAAUAAUGUAUAAAGUGCCAGGCAAAAUUUGAAUCACUCCCUAAUAUGUUUUUUAAUUUGCAUUAUUAUCUUUGUGAAGCAUUAUGUCAGUUGUAUACAUGGUUUUGGAAAAAAAGGUGUCAGAAAGGGAAAUAGAAAUUUCUUUAUGGACUCUCUGAGAAAUCAGUUCUUUCAUUUAUGAUUGUUUUCUUUUUGUCUAGAUAAGGGGUUGGCAACUUGUUUUGAGUAAAGAUUUUUAAUAAGUUAAAGAACUGCAUGUUGCUUUAGGUUGAUCUAGAACUCUUGCAUCUACAUGUACUUGCAAGCUAAUGUUUGAUUCUUAUUUAUUGUUGAAAAAUAUGUAAACAUUAUAUUUUAGAGUGGCGUGGCUUCUCACAAAUUUUAACUUAAUGAAAGAAAACUGUGGAGAUUUUAGUGUAUGAAAGAUGAGCACUAAUUCUUUUAAAAUGUCUUUAAGGUGUAAUAAAUGUGUUAAAUUAGUGACCUUUGAACAUGGAUAAACUUUGAAGUAAUGGAACAAAACAAAAUUUAUGAACAUUUAUUAUUUAUUAUUAUUGACUGUAUCUUUCAGGAUUUGUGUCAACCAACCCAGAAAAAAAAAAAAUCAAAUAAUGUCAUUCAUAAAUUUUAAAAACAUGCUGUUAAUGUAUAGUGGCAUGGUAAGAAAAAUAAAUGUGACAGGUUGAAAGAAAAUACAAGAUAAUCAAAAGGAAGCCUUCAUUGGCAAACACAAGUUGUCAAUGCUAAUUUCAUGCUAUUUCGAAAAAAAAAUGUACCCUAACUCUGAGGUGAAUAAGAUUUAUUAAAUAAACUUAUUAUUUGUUUGAAAAGCAAUCUUUGUUAAACAGUGGCUAUUUCUAAGGCAAGAGGAAAGCUACAAAAUCAACUUUGAAUCUUUGAAUAGAAAAAAAAACAACCUUUCACUCCUCACAUAUGCUUUGGGAAGUGUGUGAUAGGUAAUACUAGUUAAAAAUUCAAAGGCAAUUGUUUGAGUAACUCUUAUUUCAUUUUAUCAUUUUACAAAUAUUUUUACAUAAUUUUCAUAAACUGUUUUUAUAAUUUUUUAUUAAAGGGAUGCGAAAUAAAUCAUUAAGAAUGAACAAAUGAUUAUUACAUAAAUUAAUGAUAGAUAGCCCCAUGAUAUUUCUAUCUAAAUUUCAUUAGUAACUUUUUUUUUCUUUCUUCUCUGUUGUAAGUAUAAACUACUUAAGAGCAAAGUGACAAAUUUCAUGAGUUGAGAUCCCUUUGUUUAAAACUCUCUUAACAGACCCAAUAUCCUGUCUAACAAGGUCUUGAGUCUACUGUAAUUCCUAUUUACAUAGACUCUGCAUAGUCUACAGAAAGCAAGGCAGAGGAUGAUCUGUGCAUACGUUAAAGUCAUAUAUUGCGACAUUCUGUUCCUGCCAGUCUGUAACAAGCAAAUGUUUCCAGUUAAUCCAACAAACAGAGAUUCUUUGCUUGGAUGUUGUACAACUUUGCUUUGGGCUGGCUCGAUUUCCAUGUGUUUGCCAGUUGCCUCCUGGUGUCUCAGGCUAUUUAAUGUCUCACCUUCACAGAGUGCUUUCUCACUCUUAAGUUCUUGUGUUUGAAAGCAUUAUAAAUGUCAGGUGAAUCUCAGGUGCCUCUUAGAAAUCCAAAAGUGCAUUAAAUUGAGAUUUUGUGUUAAAGUCAACACAAAUGUUGUCUUUUUAAAUUUUUUUAUCUAUGUCUUUUGAGGAAAGUACUUUCAUAGAAAGAAUAUUUUGUGCAAUAGUUAGCGCUUUGAUUUUAAAAUAGUACAACAUAUUUUUUGUGUUGCUUUUUCCAGCAAAUUCAGUGCAAGGCAACAUGUACCUCUCCAGCAACUUUCAACGUCCAACCUGCCUGUUUUGCCUCUGGGCGUCCAUUCCAGAUCAGCAGAUUAGACCAUCUAGUUUUGACAGUACGAGACUUGGAUAAAACUGUUGACUUCUACACAAGGGUUUUAGGAAUGGAAGCAACAACAUUCAGAGUAAUGGACCUUUUUAAAAUUAUUUUAUGUUUAGUUUUUGGUCACUGCAGACAAUGGUCCCAUGGACUAAACUGUAGCCAUUCCAUCAAUAUUUUAAAACAUUGUAUAUUAUUAUUAUUAUUGAGGUGGUUUUAUAUAGAGCAGUACCCAAGCCUAGGGCUAGGCUCACAGCGCUUCAUAUAAAAAUUUACAAUUACAGAACAUUAUACAUUUAAAAACAACAAUUGGUAAAAAGCUUGACCUCACCCACCCAAGAACUAUCUACCCCUGCCUAGCCAUGGACAGCAUCUAGCAGCAUCGAGCCUUGUUUAUCAGUAAGAGUGGGUGAGAAUGAGUCGGUAUAGUACAGUUUGAAGAGAUGGGUCUUUGAGGGCAGUUUUGAAGGCUGAGACGGUCGGUAUAUUGUGGAUUUUACAAGGGGGAAAGUGCAUUUUAUACUUGCUACUGUAAGUGAAAUUAUUACCACAAAAUAUAUUUAACAUAAUAAGGUAAAAAUAAUUUAAAUAUAAUACACAAAAAUAGUGCAAUUUUAGGCCUAUCAAUUAUCAUCAUUAGUACUUAGAAAUACAUUAUUGUAAAUCUUAAAUAUUAAUCUUUUUUAAAGUGUAUUUAUAGAUGUAUCUUACCUCCCAAUUAGCUGAAAUGGUUUUGUUAGUUGUUCACAAUACAUACAAUUAAUAUAAAAAAAACGGUUUCAUACCAAUAGUUAUAAAAAAGGUUUUCAUGUUUUUUGACCUAAAGAACAUUGAAUGUUUACCUAUUGCUGAUAAACAGACCUAACAAUAGGUUAACAUUCAGUGUCACAAAAACUUAUAUUAAAAAUAUUAAAAAUAAAAAUAUAAAUAAUAGUGAACUGAUAAUUUACUUUCAGUUCAGUUUUCUGUUAUUUCUGAAAUAAAUUUUAAAAAACAUUUUAAAAAAUAAUAAAAUGGGUCAUUUUGUUUCUUAAUUCUUAACAAAAUCCAAUUUUAUGGAAUGUUUAGAAUUUUAAGUAAUCAAAUUACAUUUUACAGGGAGGACGUAAAGCUCUGAACUUUGGGGAGCAGAAAAUCAACCUUCAUGAAUUAGGCAAAGAAUUUGAUCCAAAGUCUGAAGUUCCCACGCCUGGCUCAGCUGAUCUUUGUUUCAUUACGCCUAGUACACUAGAUGAAGUUUCAGCUCAUUUAAAGGUACCAUUUAAAUUAUAGUUGUUUAAUUGUGCCUAGUAAGCCUGAUGAGGUUUCAGCUUAUUUAAAGGUAAAUUUACAUCAUAGUCAACUAGAUAAGACUUGGUCAUAUUGCUCCAUUGAAAGAUAAAGUUUACAUAUUAAUAGCUAUAGUUGACCAUUUUGAUUAUGUUAUUGUGAUCUUUUUCAUUGUGAUUCCUGCUCAUAAGAAUCUUAAUGAUAGUUUAAGGUCAGAUUCUGAUAAACAUAUUUGAGGUCCGAGUUGUAAAAUGUAGAAUGCAACUUCCUGGGUUUCUGUCACAGAUAUUAGAUUUUGAAUACAAGGGAGUUAAGUAAUGUGAGAAUUAUCACUUGUAGUAUAAGGGAAUAUUGGGACUUGGUAAAAAGUAACCAAUCAGAGAAAAGAUAGCAAUGAAAUGGUGACAGUUGAUUUACAUCCAUAUUUAUGUAAGAAGAUUUGGCCAUAGUGAUAUCUUUAUCAAGUAGAGAAGUUGCCAAUGAGUUUACAGAGAAUAUACAUUACAAGUAUUUCAUGGAUUUAAUAUAUUUAUAUGUGACAUGGACCCAUUUCGUAUCAACUAUUGUAUUAUUGUGAUCAUGUGUUAAGUAUAUAAAAAAGUAAAGUCACUAUCACUUGAUCCACUAUGCCACUGUUAUUAUAACUCAUAACUAGAUUGUGAUUGUGAGACAUUGUAGUUGUGACUGUUUUCUUGGAAUAAUUUAAUUUGGCUGCAUAACCACAUUUUUUUAACAACCAUUUAUUUCUUUAUAUCUGCUCUGCUUUUACUAGGUUUUUGUCUUUUUGUGUGAAAUUUGGAUGGAAGCGACAAAACUUUUUGUUUAACCCGGUCAUUAAGUGAAACUGUAACAACAGUUUUCAAUAUAUUUAACUCAUACUUUGGCAUGAGAGGGGUAUUAUUGUUCACCCGUAAACAGGCAAAUUCUCUUUCAAUUAAGUGAAACUUUAACAACAGUUUUCAAUAUAUUUAACUCAUAAUUUGGCAUGAGAGGGGUAUCAUUGUUCACCUGUAAACAGACAAAUUCUCGUUCAAAUAAGUGAAACUGUAACAACAGUUUUCAAUAUAUUUAACUCAUAAUUUGGCAUAAGAGGGGUAUCAUUGUUCACCCGUAAACAGGCAAAGUGUCUUUCAAUUAAGUGAAACUGUAACAACAGUUUUCAAUAUAUUUAACUCAUAAUUUGGCAUGAGAGGGGUAUCAUUGUUCAACCCUAAACAGGCAAAAGUCUCCUUUAAUUUUAUAUUGUAUGGCUUGAUGGAAACCAAAUUUUACAGCUACAUUCUUUAACUUUUUUUUUAACUCCAGGGAUUGUUGAAUGUAGAUUGAAAAGUUACUUUUAGUGAGAAUUCUUAAAAGAAUUCAUUUGAUCACUUUAAUUAUAACUUAUUCACAUAUAUAAUAAGUAAGUGGCCACAUCCUCAGACAUUUUAUGAGCCAAUCAGAAUUGAAUUCAGGAAAAUGAUGUCCUAGCCAUCUUUUCACAUAUGCCCUCAUGCCAUUUCCUUUGAUUGUGCAUGCAUUUAUUAUUUUUAGUUAAAAUUAUUUGUUUUUUUAAAUUUUUAAAUUUAAAUUAAGUUGAAUAUGUAUUUUUAAUUUCAAACAAAUCAAUUCAAUACUGCCAUUAAAAAAUUUCUUUGUUUUUUGGAAUUGAAUAAGUUAAAUAAAGUAAAAUAAAGUCAUUCGUAAUGAAAUAGUUGGCACAAACAUUCCUAAAAGACAUAACUUUUGUGCUAUUAAAAGAAAGUGUGUUCUCUUUUGCUUGAUUUAAAACACAACCACUUUUUUUCAUUCAACUUUGAUUCCUGCAUUAUCUGAACACUCACUAGCUCUUGAUAAGUUAAAAUUAAAAAGUGAAGUGAAACUUAAAAGUUGUGUAAUAAAACCAUGGUGGGAUAUUUCAAAUAAGCUGAGACUAUAUGUUUAUAAAUAAUAUCUACUAUAUGUAGAUAAUCUACUUAUCUCUGCAUUCAAAUCUACCAAAAAGCAUGGUAAAAGAAUGUUUAAAAGAGAAAGAAGAUUUCCUCAUGUAUGAUGGAAGAGUUAGCAGGUUUGUAAAAGUUUGUUUCAAAUUGAGGCAACCCAUUAGGAAAUAUUAUUUUUUUGUUAGUUCAUAAUUUGCAAACAUUUUAUUUUCAGACUUGUAACAUAACUAUUGUGGAAGGACCCGUGGAACGAACUGGUGCAGUGGGCAGCAUUAGGUCUAUCUAUGUCAGAGAUCCUGACGGCAAUCUCAUAGAGAUAUCCAACUACACCAACAGAGUUGACCGCCUUUAAUAUGCAAUUAAUGUGUCAAGAAGAUAUCUAGUGCACAACAUCAGGUUAUUUAUCGUUUCAAAUGUACUUGAAUUUACUUUUUUGUGAUCUCCAGAGGAAACGGUUAAUGGGUAUUUCGGUUUAUCAUUUGAUAAUUAUGCAUCUUUUUGAGACACAGUGCUUUGUAUUAACAACUAUAACCAGAAAACUGUAUUGUGAUGGGUAGAAAAUAUUAUAUAUUUCACGUUUUUUAACUAAAAUUGUAUUAUUCCUGAACAGCUUUUUGUUUUUUUUUUCAAUUUAUAUUUAGAAUUUGAUAAAUUUUCCCCAAAACUUCAUAUUCUUUAAAUAGAUUUUUUUACAAUUUUGUUUUAAAUUUUCCAAGUAGUGUUAUCACUUGGCACCAGUUGUUAGAAAUCUUCAGGUACGGGUAGAUAAGGUCAGUAACAUGAAAAUAUUUUAAAUUCUGUAUAACCGUACAGAUCUCAACAAGCAAGUAAGUGAAGACUUAGGAACGUUUGAACAUCUCUAAAACAACAGAUUUUUGGGCUGGUUUAACAAGCUGGUCCCCACUAUCUCAGGCAAGUCAUGCAAAAGAUGGUAUAGUCAGUUUAACAAGUUGGUUCCAAAUAUUUAAUAAGUAAAGCAAUAGAUGGUAUGGCAGGUUAAACCAGCUAGUUCCCACUAUCUGGCAAGUGGCUCAAAAACAUAACAAUGUCAUAAAAAGUAUAAAAUCUUUAUUUUAUUAAUUAAUUCAUUAUAGAAGGCCAUGGAUUGUUAGUUAUUUUACAAGCUUUUUUUUGUUGUUAUUGUUAUUAAGACAUUUUAGAGUAUAAUAAUACAUUUUGUAUUCUGUAUACAACUGACCAGAUAAUAUAUCCAUGUAUAUAUAUUGUGUGCAUACAUUUUUUUUGUAAAAAAUAAUAAAUCAAGUGUCUUACGUUGACAUUUGUGACAAAUUAUGUACAAGUUACAAGUACCUUGUUCUCAUAUAUUCAAGUUAUCUUAAUAAGUGAAAAAUCAAAACAAAAAAUUGUUGCCUCAUAGUAUGAAGAAAGAUGACAUCUGAAUUUUUAAUUGAAAUUGAUAAGCCUAAACCAUAUUUUUCUCUUUGGAACUAUGAUGCGCUGAUAAAACUUCAGUUGAACAAUAGUUUCCCAUUUCUCCUAAGUUAAUGGAUAAUUGUUUUGUGAUCUCAUGACUAGAUUUUAUUUAUUAAGUAAAUUAAAGGCUAGUUAUUUAAACUUAAAUGAUUUUCAUUCCCAGAAUGCCAUGUUAAUUGUUUUCUCAUUCACUUAAUUCCAUUUUGUGAUAUUUCGAUUGACAUCUAGAGAGUAGAUGAUGAAGUUUCAUCAACUUUGUCUCCAACCAUAUGCAGCACUGUAUUAGGUCAAAUUAAAUAACAAAGUUUCAUUUAACUCCAACUCUCCACAUGCUGCUUCGUUUUUUUUUGUUGUUUUUUCCAAUAGGAGGUACUUCUCUUUAAAACAGUUUGAAUUACAACUAUGAUAAAUCAAAUUCCUAAAAUACUGUAUUGUAUCAUAUUGUCAGGUACAUAUAUCCUUUAUGACAGCUAAAAUACAAACGUAUCAGGUCUCAUCUGUCAAAAUUUUAAGUUACAAAACGUUUCCAAUUAAGACUUUGGCCAAUAAUUUUUAAAUCUUUACGUUUGUGCAUUUAUCUCCCCUUAUUUUGUCUCCCUGUUGUGUUUGAUAUUUCUUUUCAUCAGUAAGUUAAAAUAAUCAAAAAUUUCAUGCUGCUAAAUUUUACUAGAGUAUUUAUUAUCAUUUUUUUAGAUGCUUUUUGAAAUAAUUUUGUCACCAAGAUGGUGCUAUGUGUAUCCAGACUUUAACUUUGUAUAUUAUCUAGUAUUGAAUUUACUUUUUUGUUUUAUUUGGUAAACAAGCCGCAAACUGUAUUAGUUUAUAAUCAGAAUGUAAACCAUCAGGCUCCACAUGAGGGAGUAAAGAAUCUUAAAGUACAAAAUACAGAUAGUAUUUUUAAAAUUAAAUCCAUUACAUGUAUUUUGAUGGAGUUUUUAUUCAUAGUAUUGCACAUAUGUUAUGAGAAUUACUUCAUUUCUUUAAAAUAUGUAAUUGAAAAUCAUGCACACUUAUAUUUAUUAUAUUAAUUUGUGUUUUUCAAGGCUUAUGUAAUUUUAUUUUGUGUGAUCAAAAACAUCUGAUUUCUGACUCAGAAAACUUUUUUUUUUUUUAUUUAAGUUCAGCUCUCCAUAAUUUAUUAAUUUUGCUUCUUCCAAUUUUUAUUUUUAAGACAUUAAAAUUUGAAAAAUACUCAAAUCAUUUUUUUUUUAAACAUAAAGCUGUAGUUUAUCAAUUUUUUUUAUUUACUUUGUUCUCUUCAAUACGUACCUCUAGUUAUAUUAGCUAAGUGCACUGGUUUGAGCAGUAAUUUUUAUUCCUGAACACUUUAUAACUAUUCUUCAUUAAAUGACUGAUAAUGCUUGUAAAAAUAAUGGCUGAUUGAUAACGGACUAAAAAUUUUAGUACAUAAAAAAAUUAAAUAAGAGCAGAAUUGUUUUAUUUUAAGUUAAUGCCCUACAAUAAUGGUUUAUUUUGAAUUUUAAAGAUGUAUUGUGCUCAAUGAACUGUUUUAAGUGUUUAACAAUUUAUAAAUCAAAUAAAAUUAUAGUGUAUAAAACCAAAGAAGGCCAUAAAAUUGAUUUGGUUGUAUCUGUUGUAAUGCAAAAAAAAAAAAAGUGUCAUAAACGAUUAAAUUAUUAGUGUAGCUGGAUUUUUAUUUUUUCGCUGUGAGUCUUUAUUCAUUGCUAAUAACUGAAGCCAGAAUUACACAAUUAUUUGUUGUUAUCAUUGAAAAAACUAUAUUUUUUUUCUACUUUGCUUACUCUAGUUGAAGAGCAAGAAAAAUUGUGUCUACUUAAUAUAUAUGGAGGAGUCACUAUGUCAAUAUAGUUGAAUAAUUUAUGAGCCUAAAAUAGAUUUUAAUUUUCAAAACCUUAGAAUAUAAGGUAUUAAAUGUAAGAAACUAUUUUCAUGUCUUUACUUUUUUGUUAACGCCAACAAAAUAAAAGACAAAAAGCAAAAUUUGGCUCAAUUUCUUUUAUUUAGCAUAACAAAUUUAAGA